GCACCGCCCAAUGGGCGCCGCCGCGCGGUCCCCCCUGCUCGCCCGCGCUCUUAAGCCGCUUCAAUGCCCUCGCUGCGGCCGCGCGCCACCGCUCCGCUCUGCCGCGCGCCGCUCCACCACCACCACCGCCCCCCCCGGCCCGGGCCCGCCGCCACCGCCAGCCCCGCUGCCGCCCCGCCGCCACCCCGGGGCCGCCAUGGAGACCGGCAGCAAGAUGACGGCUCGCCUGAUGCUUGCUGUGGGAGGAGCGGUGCUGGGUUCCUUGCAAUUCGGCUACAACACCGGCGUCAUCAACGCCCCACAAAAGGUGAUUGAGGACUUCUACAACCGUACCUGGCUGUACCGAUACGACGAGCCCAUCAGCCCUGCCACCCUCACCACACUCUGGUCCCUCUCUGUCGCCAUCUUCUCUGUCGGAGGCAUGAUCGGAUCCUUUUCCGUGGGGCUCUUUGUCAAUCGCUUUGGACGGCGCAAUUCUAUGCUGAUGUCCAACGUUCUUGCCUUCAUAUCUGCUGUCCUCAUGGGCUUCUCCAAGAUGGCUUUCUCCUUUGAGAUGCUCAUCCUUGGCCGCUUCAUCAUCGGCCUCUACUCCGGCCUCACCACUGGUUUUGUGCCCAUGUAUGUGGGUGAGGUGUCGCCCACUGCGCUGCGGGGUGCGUUGGGGACCUUCCACCAGCUUGGCAUUGUCUUGGGCAUCCUCAUUGCACAAGUGUUUGGUUUGGACUUGAUCAUGGGAAACGACUCGCUCUGGCCGCUGCUUCUGGGCUUCAUCUUCGUCCCUGCCCUGCUGCAGUGCAUCAUCCUGCCCUUCGCCCCCGAGAGCCCCCGCUUCCUCCUCAUCAACCGCAAUGAGGAGAACAAAGCCAAGAGCGUUCUCAAGAAGCUGCGGGGCACAACGGACGUCAGCAGCGACCUCCAGGAGAUGAAGGAGGAGAGCCGGCAAAUGAUGAGGGAGAAGAAGGUCACCAUAAUGGAACUCUUCCGUUCCCCCAUGUAUCGCCAGCCCAUCCUCAUCGCGAUUGUCCUGCAGCUGUCCCAGCAGCUCUCGGGGAUCAACGCGGUCUUCUACUACUCCACCAGCAUCUUCGAGACGGCGGGUGUGGAGCAGCCCGUCUACGCCACCAUCGGCUCCGGCGUGGUGAAUACAGCUUUCACUGUUGUUUCGCUCUUUGUGGUGGAGCGAGCUGGACGCAGGACCCUCCACCUCAUCGGCCUGGCGGGGAUGGCAGGGUGUGCGGUGCUCAUGACUGUCGCCCUGACGCUGCUGGACCGAAUGCCCUGGAUGUCCUACCUCAGCAUUGUGGCCAUCUUCGGGUUCGUGGCCUUCUUUGAGAUCGGUCCAGGCCCCAUCCCUUGGUUUAUUGUGGCGGAACUGUUCAGCCAAGGCCCUCGUCCCGCUGCCUUUGCUGUUGCCGGGCUGUCCAACUGGACCUCCAACUUCAUCGUGGGCAUGGGCUUCCAGUACAUCGCGCAACUCUGCGGCUCCUACGUCUUCAUCAUCUUCACGGUGCUGCUAGUCCUCUUCUUCAUCUUCACCUACUUCAAGGUGCCGGAGACGAAGGGUCGGACCUUCGAUGAAAUCGCCUCGGGUUUCCGUCAGGGGGGAGCGAGCCAGAGCGACAAAACCCCAGAUGAGUUCCACAGCUUGGGCGCCGACUCCCAGGUCUAACCUCUGCCCGGCUCCUCCCAGCCGCCCGCCUUCCCUCCUGAGUUUGGGGUUUAUUUUUUAAAAUGCUUUUGUACAGAAACCAGGAAGGAGGGAGCGGGGCGUCCGGCGCUCCUGCGUAGACCCCUUUUCCAGACUCCCCCACUGGUUUAUCGGGGACAGACUGACCUAUUUUAUUAUUUUUAUUUUUUUUUCUGCUAGGAAUGAUUAUUUUUUUUAGCUGGUUUCGCGUCCAGGAUUUCAAAACCAAUAGAUGUUUUAAAAACCAACCGCGCAACCUCCGCCAGUGGGAGGGCGGCUCCCAUUUUUAACGACGCGAUAGGUUAUUUAAUGAGAAAUCACGUAGUGGAAGUUUUUAAAGCUGAAACCUUUUUUAAUAUUCUAAUCCUAGGAAAGAACAAAGAAAAAAAUCAUGUAAAUUGACUAAAUCUAAAACAGAGUUAUUUUUUAAAGCAGUCUAAUUGAUUUCAAGCCCCUGCUGGGUUCGCGGGUGGGGAUUUCCACGCCGAGGACUGAGUGGGUGGGACCCGAGCGCUGGGGAAGGUCCAUGUCCCAUUGCAGAGUGUCGUCUCUGCCAGCGGCUUCUCUCCUUUCCCUGGCUUUCAGCCAGGAGAGGGAACAUCACUUUUUUUUUUUUUUUUUUUUGGUUUAAUCUCGGCAAUAUUUGCCUGAUGAUGAAACCCCAGUCCCGGACUCACCAAAAUUCAUCAUCACAAGGAUACAUCCAGUUCCUGCUCUGUGUAUAGACUGGAAGAUAUUUAUAUUAUAUAUAUUUUUGUUCAGUGGUUGUUAAUAGUAGAUGUUUAAGUUAUAGCGUUUCUGAUUUGACAAGCAAAGUACUGUAAAUAUUCUUGGAGUAUAUUCACACUGUAUAAUGUAUACAAAAAGGUACAGAUGCAAAGGUAUAGUUUCUAUAGCAACUAAGAAAAAGCUUGUACAUGGUUAGGAUGACUUUUGUAUAGUUCAUUACCUGCACUGUAGUUGUACCUAUUGCACUGAAUUUCAGGCUGUAGUAUAUUAAAAAAAAAAAACAAAACCAACACAAACAGUGAAGAAAAAAGAGAAAUACUGUCCUUUUCAAACAAAACUGCAAAAAACCACACCCCCCAUCCCCCCCCUCACAAAAACCAUCCCCUUUCCCGUGUGGGAGCUACUGGCACACUCCCAAAGCCACAGGCAGUUUUUUUAGAUAAUAUGUGGGGUUUUUGGGUUGUUUUUUUUAACUUAUUUGUCUGUUUUCAAAGUGAUUACACUUGACCACACUUGCAAGAAAAUAAAAGGUUGGGGCGGGGGGGAAUCCAUAUAAUACCGUGAUAACUCAUUGUGUCUGCGCAGCAUGGCGCCCAUACAGCGUGCAUGUGUUUUUUUUAAGACAAAAUACAUAAAAAAUAAGUGCCAAGAGGAAGGAGAAAGGUGUGUGGUGUGCUAACAAUAAAGGAGAAUGUGUGCAGCGACCCA